AUGGCUCCAGGAGAAAGGGAAAGGGAGGCGGGGCCGGCCAAGAGUGCCCUCCGGAAGGUCCGCACAGCAACCUUGGUUAUCAAUUUGGCCCGAGGUUGGCAGCAAUGGGCGAAUGAGAACAGUACCAGACAGGCCCAGGAGCCCUCAGGCUGGCUGCCGGGAGCCGCUCAGGACUCAGCUCACACUCCUAAAGAAGCCGGUCCUUACCAGCAUGUCCCCAAACCUCCAUCUCCAAAGCCAGAUGGAGACAGAGAGGGGCAACGCUCAGAAGAAGCCACCGAGGUCUCCCACAUCAAAAGGAAAGAGGUGACCAGAACGGUUGUCAGCAAGGCUUAUGAGAGAGGAGGAGAUGUGAACCACCUGAGCCACAGGUAUGAGAAUGAUGCUGGCGUGUCUGAAGCUACUCCGCCAGAGAAUGACAUCGACAGGAUCCUUCUCAGUCACGACUCACCGACGCGGAGAAGGAAAUGCACCAACCUGGUAUCUGAGCUGACCAAAGGCUGGAAAGUGAUGGAACAGGAGGAGCCCAUGUGGAAGAGUGACAGCGUAGACACAGAGGACAGCGGCUACGGAGGGGACAUGGAGGAGAGGACUGAACAAGAUGCAACGCAUGUGGCUCCUGUCAGAAUCAAACGCCCCUUGCUCUCCCAGGCAAACAGGUACUCAGAGACACUCAACUGUAAGGCCCACCGGAAAUACAGUCAAGUGGACAACUUGAAAGGCAAGUGGCAGCAGUGGGCCGAUGACCACAUACAGUCACAGAAGCUCAAUCCCUUCAGUGAGGAAUUUGACUAUGACCUGGCCAUGUCCACUCGACUCCACAAGGGGGACGAGGGCUAUGGCCGUCCCAAAGAGGGGAGCGAGACAGCUGAGAGGGCCAAGCGGGCCCAGGAACACAUCCAUCGGGAAAUCAUGGAAUUGUGCUUUGUUAUCCGCACGAUGGCUCGCCACAGACGAGAUGGCAAGAUCCAGGUUACUUUUGGAGAACUCUUUGAUAGGUAUGUUCGCAUUUCUGAUAAAGUGGUGGGCAUCCUCAUGCGUGCCAGGAAGCACGGACUGGUGCACUUUGAAGGGGAGAUGCUAUGGCAAGGCCGAGACGACCGUGUUGUGAUUACUCUCCUUGAGUAAUCACCCAACGAAUCAACUCACCGUGGUUCUA